GAGAGUGGAUGCUGCACAACAACACCAGUCUUAAGGCCCUGGGUUUGAUCCUUUCCUCCAGUGAUGGUCUGCGCGGCAUUUCAUAUUGCAUUACGCUCCCUCUCUGCUGAUGCUGAUCUCCACUUCUGAUUGAGAAGAGCGAGACUGUUACACGCCCCCUCCGACACGUGUGAAGUAGCCGACUGCAUCUUUUCACCUGCACGAGGCGAGUUCAUAUGCAGAUGAGCUUUGUGUACGGAGAGCCACACCCUGAUCAACGCAUUAUUCCUCGGCUCUGUGCAGGCGCCAUCAAUCAGCCAGCAGAGGUUGUAAUUGCAUAGGUUAUUAGGUCCCUAUACGGCUCCCACCCUGUAUGAACAACAGCCAAUCAUUGUUCAAUGAACAGUGAAAAUGGGCAAACAAGUCCAGAAAGGACUGACCCCAAGCUGUAAACCUUCUGGAUCUUCAACCAUUCCCACCAAAUACCAGACUGUGGUUAUCAGGAACACGGAGAGGGAUGGGUUCAACUCCCACACCAAGCGCUUCACUUACAACGUGAAUGAGAAUCCUGGUCCAGGCUCAUAUUUGUCUCACACGUCCUCGGACACUUGCAGUCCAUCAUUCUCCAAGAAAGGAACUGGAGGAUUCGCAUCAAAGACUGCACGAGUGAGUCGUAAAAAACAGAGAGGACCGCCGGGCCCCGACGCCUACAACCUACAGAGCUCUCUGGUCCAACAGCAUGAUUUUAACCACGGCGUUUCCAGAACCUUCCGCCCACUCGUAGCUGUUAAACCUGAAAACCAGCUCCCAAGAUCACCAGCUCCAAACCAGUACAACGUGAGCUACAGUGGUGUGCAGGUGAAGUCUGUCGUCUCUGCUAAAUCUGUGUUUCUGUCCAAAACUGAGAGGAGUGCUGUUUUCACCUCUACACAGAGAGGACCGUCUCCAUGUCAUUACAGCGUGAAUGAUGAGGUAUUACAGAAGACCCCUAAAGUACCUUCAUCCUGCUUCAAAUCCACUUCUGCCAGGAUUCAGCCGCUGGUUAAUAAUGAAGCUCCCGGUCCUGGAAGCUAUAAUCCUCAUGAAACCCCAGAGCCUACCAAGAAAACCAUUCUGCCGAGGAGACAUUAUUUAGGACUCUCGGCUCCUCCGUUGAUUCCUCCUAAACCACCGCCCCUGCCUGGACCGGGUCAGUACGACAUCGUGAACAACGGCCCACCCGAGCACCUCAAUGCCAGCGCUGCAUUUGUGUCUGGAACAAGCAGGUGGACUCAAGAGACUAGAGGACAUGAAACCCCUGGACCAGGUUCCUAUGAACCAGAUGUGCUCACAAAGCGGACAUUCUUAUACAACCACGGCAAAACAUGGGUACCAGCCUAAAGCGUGACAUUCGAUAAGUACCGCCUGACUACCAGACAGGGUAAAGGUGAUGAAAACAGCAACAUAAAGCUCUAUGAGUUCUGGUUCAUUCACCAAGUUUGUUAGGCAAAAUAAAAACAGUAAAUGAAUAUAAAA